AUGAGCGCCGGUAGCCAAGUCGAACUGUCGGCGUCAGGCUACGGAGCGACGGGCCAGGGCACGCCGAUAUGUGAAGAAGGUGCCGUGGGUACAGACAGCAAGAGCGACCUCCUCCUCGGACACAACUCAGGAAGGAACAUCCGCCAGCCAGGCAGGAGCACUCGACUCUCGCGCCAGGAAGCAGGAGCAGCCGCGCGCUGA